CCCCAAAUGUCAGAACAGUACAGAUAUCCCCCAAAAAUGUCGGGAACAGUACAGAUAUCCCCCCAAAUGUCGGGAACAGUACAGAUAUCCCCCAAAUGUCAGAACAGUACAGAUAUCCCCCAAAUGUCAGGACAGACAGAUAUCCCCCCCAAAUGUCAGGACAGACAGAUAUCCCCCAAAUGUCAGGACAGUACAGAUAUCCCCCAAAUGUCAGACAGUACAGAUAUCCCCAAUGUCGGGAACAGUACAGAUAUCCCCCAAAUGUCG